UCCACUACAAAGAUUCCAGUCGGGGACCAGUCUCUUUCCUUUCCUUUCCACCAAUGGCGGGUCUGCAUACCUCCCUCCGCCCCCAACCGCCCUCCUCCGCCUCCAACCACCAUACCUUCACCGCCAAGCUUCUCCUGCUCCUCACCGUCCUGCCCCUCUCUCUCGCACUUUUCGCUUUCCUCCUCCAGUGGCGCGGCGGAGGCGUCGAUGAUCCAAUCGCGCGCUGGUCUCCCGAUGAAUCGCACAAGUUCCCAGGCAUGGAUCCGUCACCUCUCGCCACCGUCGGUCACCAUUCUUCGCACUCUUCCGAUUGCUCCUCGCUUGUAGGAAACUCCAACAAGGCGGCGUUUCCUUAUUUCAGAGACUGGAAGUACAAGUUCGAUGCCGAUCUUAAACCCAAGAUUUGUAUUACAACAAGUACAUCUGCUGGCUUGGAGCAGAUCCUCCCAUGGAUGUUUUAUCAUAAAGUUAUUGGGGUUUCAACAUUUUUCCUCUUUGUUGAAGGGAAGGCUGCAUCUCCUGCAGUAUCCAAAGUUUUGGAAUCCAUUCCAGGAGUGAAAGUAAUAUACAGAACCAAAGAGCUGGAGGAGCAACAAGCUAAAAGCCGGAUCUGGAAUGAAACUUGGUUGUCAAGUUUCUUUUACAAACCUUGCAAUUAUGAACUUUUUGUGAAGCAAUCCCUAAAUAUGGAGAUGGCGAUAGUUAUGGCAAGGGAUGCUGGUGUGGACUGGAUACUUCAUUUGGAUACUGAUGAAUUAAUACAUCCGGCUGGUGCUAGGGAGUAUUCUUUGAGGCAGUUGUUGUUGGAUGUGCCUCGGAAUGUAGACAUGGUCGUAUUCCCCAACUAUGAGAGCAGUGUUGAACGAGAUGACAUCAAGGAUCCUUUCAUAGAGGUCUCUAUGUUCAAGAAAAAUUAUGACCACUUGACAAAAGACACAUAUUUUGGUAUGUAUAAGGAAUCAACCCGUGGCAAUCCAAACUACUUCCUGACCUAUGGAAAUGGGAAAUCAAUGGCUCGAAUUCAAGAUCAUCUUCGCCCUAAUGGAGCACACAGAUGGCACAACUACAUGAAAACUCCAAAUGAGAUAAAAUUAGAAGAGGCAGCAGUCUUACAUUAUACAUAUGCCAAGUUCUCUGAUUUGACAUCUAGGAGGGAUCGAUGUGGUUGUAAGCCUACAAAGGAGGAUGUGAAGCGAUGCUUUAUGUUGGAAUUUGAUAGAUCUGCGUUUAUUAUCGCUUCAACUGCAACAGAGGAGGAGAUGCUGUCCUGGUAUAACGAGCAUGUCGUCUGGAAUGACAGAGCCCUCAACUUGAAAUUGCUGAGGAAGGGAAUUUUAGCACGCAUAUACGCUCCUAUGACAAUCGUCCAAGCUUUAAGGGAAUCCGGCAUAUUCGAAUCAAUCAUUUCUUCAGCCAACGCAACACUAUCCAAAGACAAAUUCUUAGCAUCCAUCGAGAGCAGCAACUCCUCCAGGAAUGGCGCAUCUGCAGUACUCAAAUCGAGAAAAAUGGGUAGAAACCGAGAGUCCCAGGCAACAGCCAGAAAAACUCUGGAAACAACUUCAUACCUUGUACUGCAAGAAGAAGCUGCUGCUGUACCGCCAUUAUCUCCUCCAGCCAUGGACAUGGAAGGUAACCCCCCCUCUAAGGUCAAUGAGUGAUUCUCCUUACCUGCAUUAUUUGCUGCUUUUUUCUUUUCUGUCGUAUAAAUGGAUGGAAGAAGAGGACAUUCUAGAGGUGUCCUCCUCUUUAGGCAUAGGGAAGAUUUGAGCAAGCAAGGGCGGGCUAUUCCCGAUCAAUUACCCAAGCGUGAGGUCAGGUGUAUAUUAUAAUAGCAUCGUAUAGCCGAGAGAGAGGGUGUGGGCUGGGGAGAUUUUUCUGCAGCUCCAUGACUUUUGUGAGAUCUUAUUAGAGAUAAAUUCGACAUUGACAUUAAAAUGUGUAUAGAAAACCAACCUCUAACCGGCACCCCAAUUUGUUUUUUGUAGAGCAUAACUAUUUCUUCAAUCCACCAUUUUCUUGGUGCUUCCUUGUGAUUUUAGACACUACUUUCACUUUACCUUAAUGUCAGCUAUGUCCUAUUUUUCAGAUUA